GGUUUUUAGUGUUGCUUAGUCGGUACUGUCUACUUGAUACGAGUAAUUUACUGAUGAAGGGAAUAUAUUCACAAUCUCUCAAGAUACCAUUCAUGUAAUUCUACUCAUGUAUCAUUGCUCUCAUCCGACACGUUCAACUGCUUAUCUCUUUUCACAAUUCACUACUCGUCCCUCAUAUACCCCAAACGAAUUGAGAUUUUCUUCUUCUUCCUUCGCUCAUCAAAUUUUAAUGUAUUCGAUUGUUCUCUCUUUUUCUUUUUACCCCCGACUCUUCACCCAAAAACUCGAGAAACUCGAGACAGAUAGCACAGUGCAUAACUACUCACUAUCAAAGAUGUCUUUCAGACUAUCGAUAUCUCCCGUGGAUCUCAGGAGGUCAAAAAGCCAUCGAGCCACCCACUCAACCAGCCAUCCCUCCAAACAACAUCCCGAAACUUCCUCACCAAAAGAAAAGCCUCUUCCCACCACACCCAAAAUUUCAACAGUGAUACUUCAUCAUCUCACACCCCAGAGACGACGAGAUUCCAUUGCGCUCCCGAGAGUAAUUGAAAGAUGGAACCGCGGAAUCGCUCGCGUUCGUCGACACUCUUUGAUUGCGGGUGGUACGUAUUCUGAAAUCCCUUUGUAUUUCUCGAUACCUGUCAUUCAAUUCCCGAUUGUGGAAGAGAGUAAAAUUAACAUGUAUAUAUGUACAUGAUAGCCGGACUAAGUCUCAAAACCCCCAGCGCAUCAACAACAGCAGAUUCAGAAAUCGCACCGGGGAUGAAUUCUAAACCUAUCACUUCGUCCUUUCCCUCUGAGCACAAACUCGAAACGAAUACGAGGGAAAAUAGAGAGGGGGAUAUCGAUAUCUACGGUGAUGAAGAAGCAGAACUUGGUAUGGCAGUGGAAAUGAUGAUUACUUGUGUGCGAGCCCGGCUUGUUUGUAUCGGAUGCAUCGGGUUGGAAUCUUGAGGUUGUUGUUUGAUGAGGUGAGGGGGGAGGGUGGUGGGAUUGUGUUCAUUUUAGAUAAGGCGUGUAUGAUAAAUAAGGUUUGGGGCGUGGGUUGAGUGUUAGAUGUUUCUAUCUUGUUGAGGAGAAGAGUGUGGAUAUAUUCAAGGGCAUUGAGGGCGUUGAUGGAGAAUAGGGGUUCGCUUAUUGGAUGGGUGGGUAGAUUGCAAGUCUUACCUUUCUUUCUUUCUUUCUUUCUCUCUCUCUCUCUCUCUUUCUCUCUCUCUUACGUUCGCUCGUGCCUACUCCACUACAGGAAAAGCCACCAAGAUACAGAUCUUACAAUACGCAGACUCAAAAUUCUUCUGGAAAGAAAGAACAAAAGCAAGCAAUGCCAGAUCGCCAUCCUCCAAUGCACAAUCCAUUCAUGUGAAAUAAAUAUCCUCGAACUUCA